GAUUAAAUCAGCGUUAAGAUGUUUGCUCAAGGGCACAUCAACAGAGGGUUUAGUUGUUAGUUUGUUUGUUGAGGCUACAGGUUCACUUUCCCCGCCCCAAGAGGUGGCUGCUGCUUCACACAGACUGAAUAAUGUAUUUUUGUCUCAGCGCCAGCCUCCUGGAAACAGCCUAAGUUACAGUACACAACAGAAGCCCACAUUUCACCUGCGUGGGGAACUGUUAAGAUACUUGUAGCCACAACACACAAACAUCUGACUUUUGGAGGGGGAAAACCAUGAUGCGCAAUUACGCACGGGACUAAAGGAAUUUGACGACCGGGCUGUCUUUAUUUGUCGCUCCUCCUGUCCAAAGUUUUGAGUUCUCCAUAUUUAAAGAGCGGAUAUCUAUGCACGACGUCAUCAGUGCAGCUACAGCCUCUCCUCAACUCUUGUUAACUCUGAAGUUAACCAUCCAGUCCUCUAUGUGCACAGGACAGGAUGGGAUGCUCCACAAGUUCCCAAACUUCAGCGGUAGAUACGACUCGACCCAGUGCGAAGCCCGAGGAGAGCAACGGAGCCAGCACAACAGGAGUGGCCAAUGAGAAUGGAAAAGUAGCUGAAGACAGUGAAACUAUUCCCGACCAGACACCCGCUGGAGGCGGCGAUGCUAACCCCGCAGAACCUGCUGCAGCUGCAGCAUCUGCAGACAGCACCGCUGCAGCUCCACCUGCAGGGGAAGAGCCUCCGGCAGCUGCAGAAGCCAGUCCACCUGCAGUGGAAGCAGCACCUGCAGAAGCUCCAGCAGCACCUGCAGACCCUCCAGCAGCAGCAGACAGCACCGCAGAGCCUGCAGCUGCAGCUCCUGAGCAAGAAAAAGCAGAGGCCACAGCGGCCGAUUCAGAGCCCAAAACAGAGGAGGCACCAGCUCCCAGUGAGUGAAUUGCAAGAUGAACGACUGCACAGAUGAGUUUGUUGGAAGUGUCUUACCUUGUUUGUUUGCACGAGUGAAAGUAUGUGUAUGUGUGUGUGUGUGUGUGUGUGUGUGAAAGACAUCUCCUUGUUGCCAAGAUGCAGACCCUGUGAUAAACCGCUUUCCAGCAGUCAGGGCUCCUCAGUCAUCACUGUGCCUUCUUCCUCCCAUGAUGGUGUAUGGCUGCAAUUUUCUGCUCACAAACUGUACAUAGACAGAGUUCUCCAGCACUUAGUGUUUAUGUUCAGAGGAUGUAAUAAAUUCAGGAUAACUUAAAUUGUGAUUUAAAUUUCUAUUUAUUAUCUGUAUAGGAGUUUAUAAUAGCAGAUUUGCUUGAUCUAAGAGUCUAUUCUUUUCUACUCUCUACUUUUCUACACAAUUUUAAAAAUCAAAGAAAACCAAAGCCAAACUAUGCUUGAUUUAUGAAAUUAUAAUCUUUUUUUUUGGUGACUGGCUUGGAUUUUACAACCAUUGUUGUUAUGUAUAUGAAGAGCGGGGGACUGUAAACAGUAAUAUAUGAGCAUGAAUGAGAUAAAACGCAUGUGAAACCAUUAUUUUUGUUUCUGAUGUGUG